AUGUAUCGGACACCGCAAUGUGUCAAGCGUAUCCUGAAGGUGUCCAUCCCUCUGCUGGUGGUCCCAUGCCUGAUAAAGCUGACGCUGGUUUGGAUGAACGGGGACACGCGGCCCCUCUGCCACUCGCGGGUCAACGGCACAACCUUUCUGAUGCAGCCCGCCAACCGGUGCGACAGCGACGGUCCCUUCCUCGUCCUGCUGGUCACCAGCUCGCCGGAGCAGUUCGAGGCUCGCUCGGUCAUCCGCCGGACCUGGGGGAGCGAGCGGCGGACGGCGGGGAGAGGCAGGUCGGUCACCUACUUCCUUCUGGGGCGCGGCCGAGAAAGGCAGGAGCUCAUCCGGCGGGAGGGCGAGGUGCACGGUGACAUCAUCCAGGGAGAUUUCGACGACACCUACUACAACCUGACCUGCAAAGUCCUCCUGGGCCUCCAGUGGCUCUGUAACUCCUGCCCCUCCGCCACGUUCGUGAUGAAGACCGAUUCCGACAUGUUCGUCAACACCGACUAUCUGCUGGAGCUCCUCUCCCGGGAGCCCCGCCGGCGUGACCUCUUCACCGGGUUCAUUAUGGACCACUCGUGGCCCAUCCGCAACAUUUUCUCAAAGUGGUACGUGAGCGCGGCGGAGUACCCGAUGCAAACGUACCCACCCUUCUGUUCCGGCACCGGAUACGUCCUCUCCAACGACCUGGCCUGCCGCGUGUGGAACACCUCCCGGGCAGUGCCGCUGUUUAAACUGGAGGACGUCUAUGUGGGGCUGUGCCUGGCCGAGCUAAAGGUGAAGCCGCUGGACAUCCACGACCGCCCCGUCUUCCACAACUACAGGGUGCCGUUCUCCAUCUGCUCCUACCGGCAGCUCGUCACCUCCCACCGGGUCACACCGACUGAGCAAGCGGACUACUGGAGACAGCUGCAGGCCUCUGGCAAUGAGAAAUGCCCAGGGGACUAG